AUGGGCCGUGACUAUCAGGCCAACCUAACCCUGGGCAACGGAGUGCAGCUCACGCGGCUGGGCUUUGGCAGCGGGGGCAACGCGCGGGACCUGCCUCUCGUGCUCUCCUUUGCUGCUGUUCACCCGCUGGGGACUCUCAGCCUGGUGCGUGGUGGGAGGGUGACACAGGCCCGGGAGUGUUUCACCUCAAGCCUCGACAAGGCCAAGCUAUCCGGGCGAAUGCUCGUGUGCAACCUCAAAACCAGAGACGUCACAGAGGCAAUGAAGGACUCCACCACCACAGCUCUCGGCGCCGCUGCCAUGCUGCUGCUCUCCGCGCCCGCUAACCUCCCCUGCCAUGCCCGAGAGUGCUUCGCCUCAAGCCUCGACAAGUCCAAGCUCUCAGGCCGAAUGCUCGUGUGCAACCUCAAGACAAGGGACGUGCGGGAGGCAAUGAAAGAUACCACCACGGCUGCGCUCGGCGCCGCUGCCGUGCUGCUGCUCUCCGCCUCCCCUUCCUCCCCGGCGCCCUCCCGUGUACCCUAUACAGACGUCCCCGCUAUUCACUUGAACGCGGAGGAUUCCGGGACUGUUCGGCAGUACCUCAGCAAGGCAACCAACCCCACACGUCCCUCUCGCCGCUCUUCACCACGUUCUCAUCUCAGGCGAAGCCCCCUCAGCGGCCAUUUUCUCCUCCAUAGGCCCGCCUCUCAACCCCUUCAUCUCAUUCCCUGUCUCCCCUUCCUCUCCGUGCCCCAUUUCCCGCGAGGUAGAGGGGCGGGCACGUGGCGGGGUAGAGAGGCGGGCACGUGGCGGGGUAGAGAGGCGGGCACGUGGCAGGGUAGAGAGGCGGGCACGUGGCGGGGUAGAGAGGCGGGCAUGUGGCGGGGUAGAGAGGCGGGCACGUGGCGGGGUAGAGAGGUGGGCAUGUGGCGGGGUAGAGAGGCGGGCAAAUGGCGGGGUAGAGAGGCGGGCACGUGGCGGGGUAGAGAGGCGGGCACGUGGCGGGGUAGAGAGGCGGGCACGUGGUGGGGUAGAGAGGUGGGCACGUGGCGGGGUAGAGAGGCGGGCACGUGGCGGGGUAGAGAGGCGGUCACGUGGCGGGGUAGAGAGGCGGGCACGUGGCGGGGUCUCGCCUCUUUCAAUGCUAAUCAGCACUUCCUUUUCCUUCUUCACUCUCCCCCCUCCUCUCCCCUCCCUUCCCCUCCUAGCCCCACAGCGUCCCUCUCCCACAUUCUCAGACGAAGCCCCAUCAGUCGCCCACCUCUCCUCCACAAGCCCGCCUCUCAACCCCUUCAUUCUCCUUCCCUCCGCAUAGCCUCCCUCUCGCCGCCCUUCACCACGUUCUCAGACGAAGCCCCACCAGUCGCCUACUUCUCCUCCACGGGCCCGCCUCUCAACCCCGCCUUCUCAAUCACCCCGCGCCUGCUCGCCUCAAAUGACAUCUUAAAGCCCGACAUCAUUGGCCCGGGAUUCCAGCUCUGGGCUGCUUCCAGUGGCCUCACACCCUCCUCUUCCUCUGAGCCGCCCAAACUCGACUAUCUUUCCGGGACCUCUAUGGCCACACCGCAUCUGGCCGGCAGUGCCGCCCUGAUCAUCCAGAAGAAUCCAAACUAG